GAAAAAACGACAGUCGUUCAUUGACAGUUCCCGAGUGAGUACUUGUGUUUUGUGAAGAAAAAUUACGUUGAAUUAAUACAUUUCGAAAUGCCGAAAAAACUGAAAGUAGUCGUGAAAUCUCUGUACUCUCACGAGAUCCGUAAAGAUGUUAGCUUGGAGAAUUUAAAGUCACUCAAGUUGGAGGAUGCUUGGCCAUUUAUCAGAGAUGAAAUUGAGAUCGAAAUUGGUAGCAGCCAGUUGGUGUGUAUUCCUCAUAUUACCGAAGCGGAUUUGUAUAAAGUAACAUCUCUGUUCGUUCCAAAUGAAAAGGCAACAAACGGUAAAAUGUUCACACCACUCGGCGAGCUGGUGAAGAAUGUAAAUAAAGAGAAAUCAAACCCUGAAUACGUGCAGUGGCUGGAGGAAGGUGACUUUCAAGAGGCUGACUUCAAAUUCCCACAUGAAAGCGUGAAGAUUACACUGCAAGAUGAGGCUAUCAAGAACAAAGUUCGAGUCAUCAUGGUGAACUUUUCUAGAACAUCUGUUCCUAGAAAUAAGGAGCUUGUCAACAAUAUUUACUUGGAUGUUGAUAACAUUAAAGAUCUGAAGGGCAAGAAGUCGGUGUACAUGAUCACAAACGUGCUGAUGGCGAAGACUAUCGAAUUUAGAGUGACGAGGGAGACAUCUUCCAGAAUAUUCCACCUUGGAACCGCAUCACCCCUUGUCUUUGGAUUAGAAGAGUUCCUGAUUGGUGAUGAUGGAAAACUUAUUGCUAAGGAACCAGUGACGAUCAAGUCCAAGUCUCUUCACUGGCAAAAAGUGAGUCCUUGUGACCAGCUGUACAUCCCAGAGAAACCAGACACAGCAUGCAAAGUAUAGAUCACAUGCUUUUCACCAUGGAGCACGCUUGGACCCAUACAUGAUGCUUACGAAGUUAGCGUCUAGGUACAACACUAUAACACGCUUUUUAAAUGCCCUGAAGUUUGAAUUUAGAAUGAUGGAUUCAUAAAAUGAAUUUCGAGCCUCAAAAGAUUGGCAAUUAAAAAAAGUUGUCUAAAUGACAAGUAUUAUGAAGAAUAUUUCAAGGGUAUUGAGGGCAUAAUAAAUAACGCCAAAAUUAACAUCGUAGAAAUACAAAAAAAAUGGCAAUUUGUUUCUUCUUAGGCUAAUGAGAACUGAUAAAUUGGACUGGUCAGACUAAACAUUGUCUGCGCUUCGUAAAAUUAUUAUAUAGUAAGAAAUAUUCGUGUACUUAAUUUUCGAUAGGUAAUUAGGAUUGCAUGUGGCGAUAAACGAUAAGAUGUGUUGAUGUGUUAAUUUAAGGUCAUUAUCUUUUAGAUUAAGAUUAAUUGUGUUUUUCACACCGUUUUACGCGAUAUCUCUUUACACUGUAACUGGAUAUAAUUUUAGAACAAACUACAUUGAAUAAAUUUAUUAGGGAGGCCUAUAACAACUUAUUUAUGAAAUAUACUCCAAUAUUGGAUGACGCUUCAUGUAUGGGCCCUAAAAUAAGUUACUUAUAGAAAACUAGAGCUUACCAACUCACAGCUGUCGACCGAUUCUAAGUAGAUCAAGUGAUUAUGUGGCUUAGCCAUGACUUAGAUAUAACUUAGUUUAGCAGAACAAAUUAUUUGCCUGUUUAGACAAAAUAUUAUUCGUUAUUAAAUCACUUUAGGACAAUCAUAACCAUAUUCUUGUUUGAUAGUAUUGAUAUUAGUAUUAAUGCAUUCCAAAAUAUUUGUGUGUACUUUGUACUUAAUUUUGAGUGGCGUUUUUAUAAAGGGCUUACGCAUACAAGAGACUACGUGCGAACAAGCUUGCUUCAUGAUUUCAAACCAGUUUUAAUGAGUGUUGUCGUCACAGGAUGUCUUUUGUGUGCAUAAACCCUAAGCAGUGUAUUACAGUCUGUGAUUUUUUUGUCAACCAAUACCAAUGGUGUUAAAUUUUUACCUAGGUAAUUAAUUAAUUUAUGACCGUUUUAUGUUUAAGUAAUAUUGUGAUUUCUUACAUUGUUUGAUGUUUUUCAUGUUUGUCAUCUUCACUGUCUAAUUAUCACAAUCAUUUCAAUAAAUUGUGUCUUGAAUGUAAAAAA